AGACCAGCUGUGCGACCAGCUGUGUGGCCAGCUGUGAGACCAGCUGUGAGACCAGCAGUGAGACUAGCUGUGAGACCAGCAGUGAGACCAGCUGUGAGACCAGCAGUGAGACCAGCUGUGAGACCAGCAGUGAGACCAGCUGUGAGACCAUCUGUGAGAGCAGCAGCGAGACCUGCUGUCGGACUAUCUGGGCGACCAGCUGUGAGACCAGCUGUGAGACUCGCACUGAGACCAGCUGUGCGACCAGCAGUGAGACCAGCUGUGAGACCAGCAGUGAGACUAGGUCUGCGAGCUGCAGUGAGACCAGCUGUGAGACCAGCUGUGAGACCAGCUGUGAAACCAGCUUUGUGACCAGCUGUGAGACCAGCUGUGAGACCAGCUGUGAGAGCAGCUGUGAGACCAGCUGUGUGGCCAGCUGUGAGACCAGCAGUGAGACCAGCUGUGAGACCAGCUGUCGGACUAUCUGUGCGACCAGCAGUGAGACCAGCUGUCAGACCAUCUGUGCAACCAGCAACGAGACCAGCUGUCGGACUAUCUGUGCGACCAGCUGUGAGACCAGCUGUCGGACCAUCUGUGCGACCAGCAGUGAGACCAGCUGUCAGACCAUCUGUGCAACCAGCAACGAGACCAGCUGUCGGACUAUCUGUGCGACCAGCUGUGAGACCAGCUGUCGGACCAUCUGUGCGACCAGCAGUGAGACCAGUUGUCAGACCAUCUGUGCAACCAGCAACGAGACCAGCUGUCGGACUAUCUGUGCGACCAGCUGUGAGACCAGCUGUCAGACCAUCUGUGCAACCAGCAACGAGACCAGCUGUCGGACUAUCUGUGCGACCAGCUGUGAGACCAGCUGUCAGACCAUCUGUGCAACCAGCAACGAGACCAGCUGUCGGACUAUCUGUGCGACCAGCUGUGAGACCAGCUGUCAGACCAUCUGUGCAACCAGCAACGAGACCAGCUGUCGGACUAUCUGUGCGACCAGCAGUGAGACCAGCUGUCAGACCAUCUGUGCAACCAGCAACGAGACCAGCUGUCGGACCAUCUGUGCGACCAGCAGUGAGACCAGCUGUCGGACCAUCUGUGCAACCAGCAACGAGACCAGCUGUCGGACUAUCUGUGCGACCAGCUGUGAGACCAGCUGUCAGACCAUCUGUGCAACCAGCAACGAGACCAGCUGUCGGACUAUCUGUGCGACCAGCUGUGAGACCAGCUGUCGGACCAUCUGUGCAACCAGCAACGAGACCAGCUGUCGGACUAUCUGUGAGACCAGCUGGCGGACCAUCUGUGCAACCAGCAACGAGACCAGCUGUCGGACUAUCUGUGAGACCAGCUGGCGGACCAUCUGUGCAACUGGGAGUACAGCGCUUCUGGUACGUACCUCGCUGCCUCAUUCUUCCUCACUCCUGUCUCCCUUUGGUAUGCCCCACUCUCGUCACGUGCCACCAUCAUGGUACGUACCUCACUGCCUCUCUGCCUCCAUCCUUGCCCUCUUUGCGUCGCUCGCCUCUCUGCAGUGAUACUCUUACUCCAACUACAAGCCGGUCCGCCCACCCUUCCACCCACAGACAGCACAGACAGCACCGACAGCACAGCACAGCACAGCACAGCACAGACAGCCACACCAGCAGAACUAAUGCUUGCAUACUGCAAGAUCUAAUGUACAAGGAAAUAAAAUUUCCGAGGUAGGAGUGAACAAAAGCAAAGGGUUGAAGGAAUUUCCUGUUGUAACUCUUGUUAUUGCAGCAGGACGGGCAGGCGGGAGAAGCAAGGAAGGAGCAGGCUGCUCUUCAGGUGUGAGGAGGUGCCUCCUGCUCCGUUGGCUGGCAGCAUUGUGUGCCAGUGCAGUGGUGGGAGCAGUGGAGGGAGGAGUGGAGAGAGCAGGCGGCUGCCGUGAGGAGGGGGCAGCACCGGCAGGCAGGCGUAAGGAUUGCUGCAGAGGAGGGAGGAUGGUUCUUACCCCGUGGAAGCAGUGUUGCAGCAGAGAAGGGUUGCUGGUCCUUACCCCGUGGCAGCCGUGUUGCAGCAGAGAAGUGCUAAAAGGGCGUGCCAGCACCCUCCCAACCAUUGAUCUGGCCAUACCCUUGGGGUGGGAGGGGGCAAGGAAGGCAAGGGGUUGAAGGGUGGAUGCAGCUGAGAGGAGUGCGGUGCAGAAGACAGCAGGUAGAGCAGAGGGGUGGGUGGGCCUGCGUGGAGCGGAGGAGCAUGGUGACAGGAGGCGGCAUGGAGAGAAGGGCGCAGCACACAUGGUACGGACCUAGCACUCAAGUGCUUGCUCUUUGCUCUUUGCUCUUUGCUCUUUGCUCUUUGCUCCAUGCCAGCCUGUGGGGUCUCUUCUGCUGCUGGGCAACCAGUCGUGUCACUUGUCUUCAUAUUUCCCCUAUGGCCGAUUGAAUCACCCGGUGGCCGAGUGAAUCACCCUGUGGCCGAGUGAAUCACCCUGAUGGACGAGUGAGUGAAUCACCCUGAUGGACGAGUGAGUGAAUCACCCUGAUGGACGAGUGAGUGAAUCACCCUGAUGGACGAGUGAGUGAAUCACCCUGAUGGACGAGUGAGUGAAUCACCCUGAUGGACGAGUGAAUCACCCUGUGGCCGAAUGAGGAUGGGAAGCAGCUGCGCCUCACUCUGUGGGAACGCAGUGCAGCAGCAGGAGGGAGUGUCCAGCUGAGGCGAUUGUCAUGCAUGAGGAGGUACCUGGGACCUGGGUGGGGCAUGGGUGGCGGCUGGCCGUGCAACCACGGGACGCAGAGGGGGAUGUAGACGCUGAAACAGAGAGGGAAGGGGAAGCAGGUGAGGGAAGAGGGAGCUGAGGCCAACACAGCAACACUCCUUGCUGUAAGUUUUAUUUUUGGUCGUUUUGGAGGGUCCUAACAAUCAGCCGUUGAAUUUGUUACUGUUGAGUGAUUUUCCGUUUUGCUCUUUGUCUUGGUGCUAAGUGUGUGGUUCGCCCCUCAUGUGUGCGUCGCCCGUCAUGUGUGCUCGGUGGUUGGCCUUCCUCCAAGAUAGCAAGAUAGCAGAGCAGGGAUGAUGCUGCUGGGAGGAGCGCAGUGCAUCGUCGCAUGGAGGAUGCUGCUGGGAGGAGCGCAGUGCAUUGUGGCAGGGAGGAUGCUGCUGGGAGGAGCGCAGUGCAUCGUGGCAGGGAGGAUGCUGCUGGGAGGAGCGCAGAGCACCGUGGCAGGGAGGAUGCUGGUGGAACGGUGCUGAGGAUGGGGGACAACUGUCCCACACACUCUGGGAGGUUGCAACCACGCGCUGCUGCAACCAGGCGCUGCUGCAACCACGCGCUGCUGCAACCAUGUGCCACGUGCAUCCUUGCGAGCGCAGUGCCGAGCAAGGGAGCAGGAUGGAGUGCGGUGCUGAACAAGGGAGAAGGAUGGAGUGCGGUGCUGAACAAGGGAGCAGGAUGGAGUGCGGUGCUGAACAAGAGAGAAGGAUGGAGUGUGGUGCUGAACAAGGGAGCUGGACAGGAGGGAGGGCGGCAUAGGGCUCACCCAUGAGGUGAGUGACGAGGGGUUGAUGGAA